AUGGGAGACAUGGGAGCAACGAUAGUGGAUGCAAUCGAUACAUUGUGGAUAAUGGGUUUGAAAGAAGAGUAUGAGGAAGCUAGAAGCUGGGUUAAGCACAGCUUGGAUUUCAAACGAACGGCGAAAGGCGACUUAUCGGUUUUUGAAACGAAUAUUCGGUUUAUUGGAGGUUUGUUAUCCAUCUAUGCCCUCACAAAAGAUAAGAUGUAUGUAGAAAAAGCGGAAGAAAUAGCUAAGCUUCUCCUGCCUGCAUUCGAUACUCCUACGGGGAUCCCUUAUGCUGUAGUAAACGUGGUUACAGGUUCGGCUAAAAACUAUGGUUGGGCCAGUGGUCAAAGCUCGAUUUUGUCCGAAUUCGGUUCACUACAACUGGAGUUUGAUUACCUCUCGCACGUUACAGGAAAUAAGAUUUACUCGGAAAAGAUCGAGCGAAUUCGUGACUUCUUGACGAAUAUGGACAAACCUAAUGGUCUCUAUCCGUUGUAUCUGAACCCAAAAACUGGCAAAUGGGGAUCA